AUGGCGGAAUCCAAGGUGGACAUUCCAGCAAUUAUCCAACAAGCCCAACUAGAGAAUAGGUCUUACCUUUACAUGGUUGGCCGAGUCGCAGAUGCACUCGAGAAGACCCUCAUAUUAGGUUUGGGUAGGAACGAUUAUGAAGAUAUGGCCAGGAAUACGUUAAAACUACACAAAGUCAAUGAUGAAAACUGUAACCGGAACCUAAAUAUUGACUCGAAAGAAAAGUCGUUUACGUUUGAAUCUGUCAACUCGCCAGCAAAACAAGCACCAGAGUGUGCGCCAACCUGGUCGGAAAGCUGGAGCUCAAGUUCAGGGGAACGGGACAGUUCGAAAUCCAGAGAUCGAUCGACAUCCAAACGAAGAACCAGAGUAUCACAGAAAGCUCCUUUGAAAACCUUUGUCAAUCAGAAGUCAAAAUCACCAAAGCGACGAGGCAGAUCACCACCGCGAUCGCCGGGACCUCAAGCAGCAUCCAAUAUACCAACACGACACCGAAGUAGGAGUAGAACAACUGCGGAUGAAGCCUAUCGAGAGCCAAAUGUCAGCCCAGUACACGUGACGACAGGGCGAUCCAAAUCUCCUGUCCCAAACGUAUCCCAAUUUCGCGCUUACGGAGAAUCCUCGCCAUCUGUUUACUAUGAUUGCGAUUCCAGUUUCGCUAAUCUUCAACAAGGUUCACCGAACUUUGCAAGGACUACUGCAGUGAAUGCAAUGGACCAAUCCUUUGGAAAUCUUUCCGUCAAUGGAACCAAUACUGACACAGAUGGUCUGCACCGUUCUUUUCAGUAUAUGUCCGUCAAGGAGCCUGCUUUGAACAGUUCCUUCCAGAAUAUGUCUGUGAAGGAACCUGCUUUGGACAGGUCCUUCCAGAAUAUGUCUGUGAAGGAUAAUAAGUUUAGUUUCGAUGAGUCGCCAGGAAAAGCUAGAGCAACUGCUGGCCAAUCUCCAAGGACACGAGUGGAACCAAAAACCCCAGUCGGCGCAUUUACAGGUACUGAUUGUCCAGAUACGUCAUAUCCGUUCUCACCACUCGAGGAUAGUCCCCUGCCAACACAGGCACCAUCGCCCAACUGGGCUCAACCCAUGUCAACAACUGAUGGAACUCUGCCCCAAGAAAGGUCUCGUUCCCGUUCCCCGGUCCGAAACGCGACAACUUCUGACGCAAGGAGUAGUGCCGCUGAAAUGAAAUCAGAGCCAACACCUCCCAUGGGACAGCAGAAUAUUAAUGCUAUGCCGUUUACAUCACCAGUUCCUGAAUUCCAAGCUCCACAUCAAGUGUUUGCUGACUCUGUCCCACGUGGGUGGCGCAAUACUCGCCCAAGUCCACAGCCUUACAUGGACGCUAGUUCGCCAUCCUUCGCAAAUAGCGGCACACAAACGGCAGCUCAGGAUCCACCUGCGCCUUUUGCAUCUUCAAGCUUUGGAGCAGACAAUUCAGCAGUGCCUGGUCAAACAACUACCGGCGUCAAAUUCAGCGUCGACUUGAAUAAGCCACUCCGAGCUCGACUGAAGAAAGUCAAGUCGAAACGUGGUCUUCGUGGCAAGACAGGAAACGUGAGACGAAGUGACAACAAUGUGAAACCAACAUCUUUCGACCCUGCAUCAUCGAUGGGUGUUGAUAAUUUCGCACAGGCGUCACCAACGAACUUCACCCCUCCUCAGCCAAUGGAUUGCGGCACACCUGCUCAACCAAAGGUGAAUAACAUCCAAUUCAACAUUGGGGUAGGAGACAAAGCCACUGCCAGCAAACCUCGAAUGAAGAAACGGGAUGUGAAACAAACCCCAGCUCCACUGAAUGUGCCAAAGUCCGAGCCUCUUCAACAGCAGUCCCCAAUUCACUUCAGUCUCGGUGUUGGUGACAAAUCGCCAAAGGCAAAGUCAAGGUUGAACAAGAGAUUGUCUCCAAAAGCAAAACGAAGCCAAUCUGCAUAUUUCCAAUCGGACACCAUGGCUUCUGCUUCACAACAUACAAAGCAAGACAACUUUGCGCGCUCCUACAGCGCACACGAGUCGAAUCAUUCUGAAACAAUCUGGAAGAUGAGGGAAGCCACAAUCGAAGCACUACGGGAAGUAGCCAAGACUCACUUUGAAAACAAAGAUUUCCCUGCAGCAGUCCAAAACUACAGCCAGGCAAUUUUGCAGUACAGAACAUAUUGCAGUGAAUUGCCAAACAAGCACAAAUUGGCGGUCCUACUUUCGAAUCGUGCAGCUUGCUUGGUUAACUGUGGCGCAUACCAAGCCGCGGUCGAAGACUGCAAAGAAGCCUUAGAGCACACACCUCCUAUCGAAGAAGCUACAUUUGCUGAGGAUCUCAAAUUUGCUUUUGAAGCAAAACUACUUUGUAGGACGGCCGGGGCAUACGUUCAGUUGGGAGAGGUUGAUACAGCGGACGAUUUGUUCAAUCGGGCCAACAAAAACAUUUCAGAACUGCAAAAGUAUUGCACCGGUAGCCUGGACAAUGAAUCGAACAAGAAUACUUUGUUUUCCAUUCACAGUAAGCUUUCCAACGGAAUUAUGGAUAUUGGGAAGUUUCGAGAAGCGAUGGCAAAGAUCAUGAUUUUCAUAAACAAGAAGAACCAAACACUUCGAGCUGCUGAUCGGGAAAAAGAAAAAGAGGACGUUCUUGUUCAUGUCAACUUUGCCUUGUCGCUGGCUAGCGGGUGCGACGACUUACACGAGCAAAAGGUGUCGCUACUAGCAGACCUCAAGCGGUGGAGAGAAGUUGAAAGCCAUUGCGGACGUUUGGCUGCGUCUAGGACCAAACUAGAUGGAUGCUUUGUUGAAGACUUGGCAACCAAAAAUCCCUUUGUCGGAGUUGCCACAGCCAAAUUCCUCAGUGAUGAUAGCUUCAAGGGUACUGACGAGAAUGACACGCGAGGAGCAUCGAUCAAACUCGGUGCAAAGGCGGCUGCCGAAGCUGUCUUGCGUCUGCCAUAUUCUAUAAUCCCAUACUACGCAAGAUCAAUGCGAUUGGAGGAGAGAUACCAAGUUGCAGAAGCAGUACUCGCAGCAUUGGAAUCUCACAUUACCAGUCGAUCUGAAGCUUAUGGUGCAGCCGAUCUACGGAACCAAUUUGAAUGGGUGCCAAAGGAACAGCAAAAGCUUAGUCGCACAAAAUCUGAACGAAAUAAGGGGGACAAACUAUUUCAACAGGGUGCUUAUGAAAAGGCGGCAACCCAAUAUGAGUUCUGCCUCAAUAUUGACUCCGAUGGAGCACCCGAUCAUUCAGGUGGGAAGAAUGCUGGAGGUCGACUUCAUGCAGUUCUUCAUUGCAAUCGGGCUGCCUCUUUUAUGAUGCUCGACAGAUAUCACGAGGCUGCCGCCGAAUGUACUACAGCCUUGAGGAUCCAUCCGUCGUACAUGAAAGCUAUGCUACGAAGAGCACGUUGCUUCGUGAAAAUGAGUCGCCAUGAAGAGUCCGUCGCAGAAUAUAGACGAUGGAUUGAUCUGGUCAAUCAAGCAAGGCGUGGAUCGUUGUUCCAAUCUAAGAGUCCUUGCAUUUUCGACGGCCCAAGUGAUGCUUCAGAUGAUGAUCUUGCGACCGCAAAACGUGAGUUAUCCGACGCCAUUCGAGCCCAAGCUUCCGCUCGAGCUGCUGAAGCGAAUUGGAAGAAGAGUCAACAGAACCCAUUCAAUAGCAAUGCCAAGAAAGGGGACGCGCAACGACGUCGUGAAGCUUUCUACAAUCAGAAAAACGACUCUCGACGUUGGGACUCGUUUUCAAACCGAGGACCCAAAAGAUCUCAUAGUAAACCUCGCUCAAAGACCUCCUCCCAGGACAAAGACUCGAACAGACAUUCUUACAGCAAGAAUAAUAAAUCUUCGAGCAGUUCCAACGGAAGUCAACACCAACGUCCUGCCGAUAUUGCCAACAACUUGGAUCACUACAGUGUACUAGGGCUUAGUCGCAAUGCCACUGCGGCUCAGAUCAAGAAGGCCUUUAGAAAGAUGGCACUGACGUACCACCCCGACAAGAAUCAAAAUGCCGAUGCUGCUGACAUAUUCCGACGAAUGAAUGAAGCGCACGAGGUUCUAAGGGACCCAGAAAAGCGAAGACAGUACGAUGUCGAGCUUCAGUUUGGAGGUUCCAGUCGAUGGUAG